AUAAAACUUUGGUCAUGUCAUCAUCUUGAUGUGCAUGCGCAGCUGUUCUUCUGUUUUUGUGGUUUUGCUUAUACGAAUUUUUCCAUUCGCAUUGGAUCAAUAAUUCGUGGUUAAAUUGUUUAGAUAAGAAGGUUAGUUGUACUUCUGAUUAUGGAAUAAUCUAUAUUCAUAAGUUACUGCACUCUUUCUAGACUCACUGGAGAGGAUUUAGAGAAACAUACCAAAGUAAACUUAAUUUCACCGUCGUUCGAUUAUUACGUACACCAGGUUGGCUAGACUAUUUUCACAAUGGCAAUGAUUAUGAAAGCAGCAAAAUGUCCCACAGAUGAGCUGUCGCUGAAGAACAGAGCUAUAGUCAACGCAGGAGACUUUCCCGCUGAUGUCAAAUAUAUUGAUCUAUCUACAGCACCUGGUCAGCAUUUCAUUUUUUUAAUCGAACGUACGGUUUCUGGUGAAAUUAAUCCUGGAACCAUAGGGUUUUCAUUACUUCAACGGAAGUGGGCGACACUUUCAAUCAAUCAAGACAUUAGCGUCAAACCAUAUCAUUUCGAACGAUCAUCUGAAGUUCUCUGCAGUAUUGCUCUAGAGGUAGAUUUUCUACAGAAAAAAACUGUAACACAUGAACCAUACGAUAGUGAUCAAAUGGCAAGAGACUUUUUGCUUCAGUUUGCAGGAUUAGCUGUUACGGUUGGACAGCCAUUGGUUUUCAGUUUUCAAGAUAAAAAAUUGCUAUGCCUAGCAGUGAAAACUCUUGAAGUAAUUGAUGCCGCAGCCAUGGCUGGUGGUGCAUCAUCCAGUGGAUCUGGUAACGGUCCGGUAGAACCUAAACGAGUAAAUUUUGGUCGAUUGCUUGCAAACACUGUUGUGACGUUUGAAAAAGCUGAAAGCUCUGGAUUAAAUCUUGUUGGACGUUCUAAAGGUCGGGUAACGGCUGUGAGACAGUCUAUCAUUAAUCCUGAUUGGGAUUUUGGAAGAAUGGGCAUUGGUGGAUUGGAUCGUGAAUUUAAUGCGAUAUUUCGACGUGCUUUUGCUUCGCGUGUUUUCCCACCAGAGGUGGUUGAACAACUGGGAUGUAAACACGUAAAGGGCAUUCUUCUAUAUGGACCUCCUGGUACUGGUAAAACACUUAUGGCGCGACAAAUUGGAACAAUGUUAAAUGCUCGAGAACCAAAGAUAGUAAAUGGUCCGCAGAUUUUAGAUAAAUAUGUCGGUGAAUCAGAAGCUAAUGUGCGUCGACUAUUCGCUGAUGCCGAAGAGGAAGAAAAAAGACUUGGACCAGCAAGUGGUUUACACAUAAUAAUUUUCGAUGAAAUAGAUGCAAUUUGUAAAGCUCGUGGUACUGUCGGCGGAAAUUCUGGUGUGCAUGAUACGGUUGUCAACCAACUGUUGGCAAAAAUAGAUGGUGUUGAGCAAUUAAACAACAUUUUGGUAAUUGGAAUGACCAAUCGAAGAGAUAUGAUAGACGAAGCAUUGUUAAGACCUGGUCGUCUAGAAGUUCAAAUGGAAAUCAGUCUUCCUAAUGAAGAAGGUCGUGUGCAAAUUUUGAAUAUACAUACUAGACGCAUGAAGGAGUUUAAAAAGUUAGCUCCUGACGUAGACUUGCGCGAGCUUGGUCAAAAGACUAAAAAUUUUAGCGGUGCUGAACUGGAAGGAUUGGUACGUGCAGCGCAAUCCACCGCAAUGAAUAGACUAAUAAAAGCAGCUUCGAAGGUCGAAGUGGAUCCUGCGGCCAUGGAAAAGUUAAUGGUCACUAGAGAAGAUUUCUUACAUGCCUUUGAAAACGAUAUCAAACCUGCUUUUGGCACAGCAGCAGAAGCCCUCGAAAACUAUUUAACAAGAGGCAUUAUCAAUUGGGGCCUACCAGUGGCUCAUAUUCUUGAAGAUGGUGCUCUUUACACAGAACAAGCUCGAGGAACAGAAGGUUCUGGAUUAGUUUCAGUGCUUUUAGAAGCCCCAAAUGCGGGAAAAACUGCGCUGGCUGCUAAACUAGCGAAACUUUCUGAUUUUCCGUUCGUAAAAGUAUGCAGUCCUGAUGAGAUGGUUGGUUUUAGCGAGGGUGCUAAAUGUCUGCAAAUACGUAAGUACUUCGACGACGCUUAUCGCUCCACAUUCAGCUGUAUCCUAGUGGAUAAUAUCGAGAGACUGUUAGAUUAUGGACCAAUUGGUCCUCGAUACUCUAAUCUAACGCUUCAAGCAUUAUUGGUAUUACUGAAAAAGUCUCCUCCAAAAGGGAAAAAACUUCUCAUUUUGUGUACGACUAGCCGAAGGCAAGUGUUAGAGGAUAUGGAAAUGCUUUCGGCAUUUACUGCAGUACUACAUGUACCGAACCUUUCUACUGCGGAUCAUUUAAUUGCAGUACUCGAGCAGGAACCAGACGUGUUCGGUCGCAAUGAACUGGCUGCUAUUUACAAACGUUUAAAAGGACGUCGAAUUUUUGUCGGAAUCAAAAAACUAUUAGAUUUGAUUGAUUUAGCCCGUCAAAUGGAUCCGCAAACUCGUAUGAUGAAGUUUUUGUCAAAGCUUGAAGAGGAAGGAGCCAUUGAAGAUGCUACUGUGGCACAUUAAGCAAUAUUUAAAAGAGCAUUUUCAAUCGAACCCCUUGUAACGAAUUUUUCAAUGUAGAUGCUCAUAACUAGCAAAUCUAAAUGUUCUACAAAUACCCGUCUUAACGAGUUAAAUCUCGCAUAACGAGCAAUUUCAUUUUUGUUCCCGAUAAGAAAUCGUGAUCAUUUCGAGAGCUACAUUACUAAGAAUUGUUAAAAUUUUGGAAUUGAUGUUUCCUUUCGUUAUUGUUGAUCAUGUAGCCAUUUUAAACUUAAAUUAUGCCCAUUUUUAUAGAAUAACGUCACGCAAAAUUAACUUUUGUUUUUCAUCAAAAAAUCAUAGCUAUGAAUGAAAAAUGAGCUCGACGGCAUCGUCCAUCGAUAGAAGAACGUCUAAUUUACGAAAUCUUGGCGCUUUCAACACACUUAAUCACACACAAAUCCACAAUUUCAAGCGAAUUAUAUACAAAUCGAGCUGAUAUAGGAAAAUAA